AUGGGAGUGGUUGGUAACGAUCGAGUUGACAUGCGCUCACUUUCCGGUUUCGUGAGGACGCUCCUUCGUGUGGGUGCGGAGGUUGAUAACCCUCACAAUGAGGACAUCACACAGGUGAUGACUCGGGAGGAAUUCAAGGAGUUGUUUAACUCUAAAUACUACAAUGAAGCCGUCCGCGGUGCUAAGCGGAAAGAGUUCAUAGUAGUUGAGAGAAACGAAAGCCAAGAUGAUGACUUGGAGCUUCCAUGGUUUGAUCUACAUACAAUUAGUAUUGCCACUAAUAAUUUUUCAGAGAAUAAUAAGCUUGGAGAGGGUGGUUUUGGACCUGUUUACAAAGGUACGCUUGAAGGAGGUCAAGAAAUUGCAGUGAAGAGGCUAUUAAUGUGUUCUGGACAAGGAGUCAAUGAGUUCAAAAAUGAAAUUAAGCUAAUUGCUAAGCUUCAACAUCGAAAUCUUGUCAAGAUACUUGGCUACUGCAUUCAUAGAGAAAUGAAGCUAUUGAUUUAUGAGUACAUGUCCAACAAAAGCCUAUACUAUUUCAUUUUUGAUGAAAGGCAAAGCAUACUUUUAGAAUGGCCUAAGCGUUACAAAAUUGUAUGUGGAAUUGCUAAGGGCCUUCUCUAUCUUCAUCGUGAUUCAAGAUUGAGAAUUAUACAUCGAGAUCUCAAAGCAAGUAAUGUGCUACUUUAUGAAGACAUGGACCCCAAAAUUUCAGACUUUGGCCUAGCUAGAACUUUUGGUGGAGACCAAAUAGAAGGAAACACUAAGAAAGUUGUAGGAACUUAUGGUUAUAUGGUACCAGAAUAUGCUUUCAAUGGCCUAUUCUCAAUAAAAUCUGAUGUAUUUAGCUUUGGCACAUUGGUGUUAGAAAUAGUAAGUGGAAAGAAAAGUAGAGGCCUUUACGACGAAGAUAGCAUUCUUAACCUCACCGGAUUGGCGUGGACUCUGAUGAAAGAAGGCAAUGCAUUUAAGCUUAUUGAAAAGUGCUUGUUAAAUGAUCCAUACAACAACAUGGAAGAAGCAUUGCGUUGCAUCCACAUUGGUCUGUUGUGUGUGCAAGCAAAACCAGUUGAUAGGCCUAAUAUGUCUUCCAUCGUCACUAUGUUGAGUGAUAAGAGCAUAUUGCCUCAGCCCAAAUCACCAGCCUGUUUCGCUAACAAAGAUUUGUGGGAAGGAGCUCAUUCCUCCGCUCUUAAGCCCCCAUCAUGUAAUACAAGCAUAACUGGUGUCGAGGGGCAAUGAGAAUUUAGAUAGCAGAUCGAUGAAGUUUCCCGCAUUGAAUUUUGAAAACUUAGAUCAUGACAAUUUCUAUUUAUUUGUUUAAAAUUGCAAUCAUGAUUAGAAUUAUCAGCAUAUUGUUGGAAUUAUUUUACCAGGAUCUUAGAUCUACUCACAAGUAUGUUGAUUAACACCCUAAAUAUGAACUUUCUAAAACGAUGAAAUAAACACAUAUAAAGUUUAAGAAACCUUACAUUGGGUGCA